AUGCAGGCCGAACCAUCACAAGCAUCCCACGCUGCCUUGGGUGUAACCAGCGGUGCUUCGCCUCAAUCCACAUCGCCUUACCUAACUGCAGUACCUUACGGCUUCUUUGCGUCUCCUGCCCAGUCGGUGCUGUUUGAUCCAACAAACCAGCAACAAUCUCGGCAUCUUCAACAACAGCAGCAGCAGGGACAGCCGCCACAGCCUAGCUUUGCCAACGCCGACGGCUCUUUCCAGCACGCCGCCGCUCACAGCUUUCAGACUCUGGCAAACGACUCAAACGCUUCGUCACACGACGCUGCCUAUCGCGUCCCCGCCAUCCCACGCGCUGUGCAGGCAAUCGACUACAGCAACCCUUACCACCAGCUCGACUCGCACAUGCAGCAGCAGCAACCACAACAACACGCAUCGCAUCCGGUUCCGUACACUCAUCACUACGCAUCUACUUCCUACUCGGCGUUGGCUGGUCCAUCUCCAGUAGCAGCGUUUACCCCGGACCUUUCUUCGCACCCAUACGCACACUCUGACAUGGGCAUGAUGCCACCCACUGCUGGCCUGCCCAUGAUGCGCUAUAACUCCUUCGGCAUGUCGACCGACGACAUGUCGCGUGCAAGCUCUUCCAACGGCACGCCUGGUCCCAUGACCCAACAGGACAUCGACAAUUUGCUCGCCAUGUCGCGUGCCCAGGCAGGCAGCCACGGUGACGCCAGCGCCUUUCCUUGCACCUACUGCGACAAGGUCUACACGGGUAAACACGCGCGCAGCAUCUGGCGUCGCCACCUUCAGGACAAGCACAACAUCCCACUCAGCGCCCAGCCACGCCGAACGCGCUGGGACGGCGAUGUCAAUCGUCCCAAGAAUGCUGAAGAGCGUCGUGCACGCAUGCUCGAGAGCAAACGUCGAUGGGCAAGGAAGAAGCGCCUCCAAGAGAAGCAGGCGGCCCAAGGCGGCCACUCGGGUUCUGGCAGCACGCCCAUGCCCGACGAUUCGGACGACGACGGCGCUGAUGAUGGCGACGACGGUGCCGAUGCCGAUGUAUCCAGCAUGUCGAUGUCGAUGUCAUUUUCGCGCGACACCGACGACUCCUUACCGUUUGCCCACGUCCCCGCUCAAGCGAACAGGAGAGCCUCGCUCAAGGCUCCUGAAGCUGCACAGUGGGCGACUGCUCCCGAAGCUCAGUUCUUCGCCGCCUCCCAAGAGGAGCUCGGCCGCCCAGCCAAGAGACAGGCUUUGGCUCCCUCGACCGCAUACAACAUCGCAGGGCCAAGCCCGGUGUCUGGCCAAUUCCCAGCGCAGAUGCCCUCGGUUCCUUUCGGCGCUCAUGAGACGGGGCCGGGCGCAACCAUGUACUCAAGCUCGCCCAUGCGUCGAUCCGGCCUGCCUCUGGCUCCUGUCUCCCAGCAAGGCGGUGGUCUUCAGAUCCUUUCCAACGCGAAUGCAAGCUUCAGCUCCAACAGCAGCGACUAUUCUCAGCCCAACUCGGCCAGCUUCUUCAAUGACAGCUUCGCCGGCAACAUGAGCAACGCCGGCAGCGACUCUGCUAACACCUCGAUCGACACUCCCGCCACCAAAUGGCCCGCCCUGCCCCCACUUGACGGUCCUGCCGACAAGGAGGCCGCGGCUCGUGCCAUCGAGGCGGAAGCAGGCGUCAUGGACGACUCUCAGCCUCGACCACCGAAGGGCGACACUCGUGAUGCGGCUAUCCAGCUUCUAGCGCUGCGAUCGGGCUCCAAUUCGCCGACAGACGAUCGCGAGAUGAGCGUGAGGCGAAGGGAUGCGAUCGAGGACGCUCCUUGGAGCUCGACACCGAGUCGCGGCAAGGCUACCUCUGAACAUGCAGCCCUCACGGCUCUGUCGUGCUCGUCCACAGCAGCAGAGACGGGCAGAAAGGGUGGUGCACUGGACGACCUCUGUCUCAGCCCAUCCCCCAUUUCUCGCACCCUUGCAUCGGGAGCAACGGCAGUGCGAGCCAUGCCUGUCACCACACCUGGACCUGCUAUUCGUGGAAGCGAUAAUCCUUUCAGCCUCGACAAGCACAAAAUUUCACCUUACGAGGGCAGACGCAAACUCAGCUACUCUGGCGCGCCCGCCUCGCCCACCGCCUCGCCGACGCAUCUCACCUUUGGAGGUGUCGGCAUGGACAGGAGCCUUUCAUCUUCCAGCGCGGCCUCGACUGGCGUCAAGCUGGCCCCGCUUGUCAGCACUCCCAUCCGCCCUUCGUCGCAAGGUCAACACGCAGCUGAUGCUGAGAUGGCGGCAGAGCGUACCAAGAUGGACGCCUUGCCACCCUUGCUUGGAUCCGCAAGCAAGAAGACGGUGAGCGCGCCGGUGAUGUCGACGCCCUUCUCGAAGCCUAUGGCUGGGUUGGGCUACUCUGCGCUUCGCCGUGGUGUAGGCGCGAUAGCCUCAGGUCCCAACGCUCAAAUGGCUUCGAUGACGUCUUCGGUGCGACCAUCGCCUUCGCGUCACCACUCGGACGACCAGUUUAGCUCCCCUCAGCACCUCAACCUCACCGAGAGUCUUGGCUUGGCACCGCACUCGAUCUCGCGCACUUCUUCUUACGCUUCUGCCUGCUAUGCUUCUUCUCUUGGUUUGACCCCGAGCGUUGCUGCAAUGUCCGGCGGCUUGAUCUCGGGCACGCCUUUCCACUCGGGACUUGGUGCGCUGAGCGGACUAGGAGGCUUCACGCCUCUGUCCACCGCCAAAGUUGGUUUGGCAGGUGGAGUUGGGUUCUGGCCCGAGUCGACACGAAAGUCCGGCACCAAGGGUGCCAGCUCGCUCCUGCACGCCGACAACAACUCGCCAACUGUCUACAAGUCGGCAUCAGCAUCGUCGUCAUCGUCGUCGGCCUCAGCAUCGCAGCAACAAUCGUCUGCCCGCGCCUCGGCCUCGCGCCUCAGCGGCAGCGGCAAACGCAAGUUAUCGGCACUGUCCAGACCCAGCGCCACCAAAGCUGGCGGCGCGGCUUCGCCUGUGAUGGGUGGAGGCAAGGGGGACGUCUUUGGCGCGAACUGCCGUAAGGAACAGGUUGCGGGUGCUGCACCUAGCAGCGACGACACGUUUGGUGACGAUGACGACGACGACGACGAGAAUCUCAUCAUGUCGAUUGGCGCGCUGGACACGCCUUCGAGGCCGGCAGUGAUGCGGAAGCUGGCGAGGAGCAAGAGUGCCGCUGAGCACAAGUUACUCUCGCCUUCUUCGGCAAAGGGUAGUGGUGGCGUAAUGGCGCAGGAGAGGUCGCCGUUGAGGGCGAUUAAACUGAACUAG